GUCCCGGCACGAGCGAAAGAUCCAGAAACUUCUCCAGACUGCGCGAGCGAGGCUAUAGUACAAACAACGACUUAGAUACUAGAUGCGUCAUUGCGCACGAGAAGGAGGAAAAGCACGCGAGGCAGUGACAGAGUCUGGUCUAGGAUUGAUAUUUACAUUUUACCCUGUCGUAUUUCACUACAGAAGAGAAUAUCCAACAACACAUCGUGGCUAAUACUUCGGUCUGGAGUGGGAAGAACUAGAUAGCAAGAGAUGUACGUGUGGGACGGAGGGUAGGAGGGAGCUAACGUUAGCGUGAAAUGCAUGGGAUGCAUAUUCUUGCAAAUGGGGUAGCUUGCUAGCUAGUUUCAAGUUUAAUCAGCGCUUAGCUAGGGCUAGUAUGCCCAUGCCUUUAUACGUGUAUAGCUACUCUGCAAUGACAAAGGUUCCAUAUUGUGAAUGCAACGUUGACGUUAUAGCUGGCUAGCUAGCAAAUGCCAUAUUUAGCUAACUAGCUAGCUAGGCCUCCAUGCUCCUUCAUGCAUGAGAACGAUUUGUGCUAGUGGGAAUGAAUGGAGCCCUUGUCAGUUUACGGUAGUCGAAAUGUCGGCUUUACAUUCGAACAAUGGUAUUCUCCCAUAUCAUGAGACAUUAAUAAUAAUACAAGGCUGACCCUUGUCUUCAUAGGUAGCUAGUUGCCCAACGAAUUUACAGAUAGCCGGUCCUUUAUUCACGUGGACUAGCUAGAGAGCCAUAUAAAGACUGGUAUAGGCAAACCAUUUCCUUGCAACGAGGCUAGUUUAGCUACUGGCUUACUAGUUGGAGUGUCAUGACAUUCCAUGUGGCCUGCUAGCUAGCUCAUUAAUUAAUAUAUGGAAGGUUGUCAGAGCUGGUUAGCCAAUAAUACCCAUUAGGCAUGGCCAUCAAACCACUGAAUUCAGGGAAGCCUUUUCCCUUGAGACCAGUGACAGUGAGCCACCUGACCAAGUAUGAGUAUGACCUUGGAUUAAAUACGGUUGAAUGGGUGGCGCUAGACUCAAGCGGAUAAAUUAGUGUUCCUGAUUUAUACUAUGUGGAUGAACCAAACAAUGUAUUAUCUUAGCUAGCUAAUCAAUGCUAAAAGCAAACGUGCAUGCUUUUCUGUUUCACAAUGUGUGUAACAGACGAGUAGAAUGGCACAUUAUUCAGUUUUGCUUCUAAAAUGAAUGGAUGGAACCAGAGUCAUAUAUGGAUGGAACCAGCCCCCUACCCUUCCCACAUUUUUCCCUUCAUAGAUUUAUCCCCUAUUCCCUAAUGAUGGUAGUCUGGGCACCAGUCUGUUAAACUAUCAUUCCACUCCUUGCCACCCCUUGUCAUGCUAAACAUUUGGCAUAAUGACACAGAGUACAAGGAGUGGAAUGUUAUCUAAACAGACUGGUACCCAGGCUAUAAUGUUGGGGGUGCAGUUUCCCAAAUAUGUAUGGUUGGAUUUCAUAACCAGAAACUAGAAGACAUUGAUCACUGCUUUGUAUCGGACUAAUCAGUCUUCUCUCUUCUCUGUUGUCCAAUAGGCAGCCAGCAACAGCAAAGUGGUAUGACAGAAGGGACUCUGUCUUCAUUGAGUUCCUGGUAGAAGACAGCAAAGAUCUACAAGUGAAGUUUGAAAAAUCUAAACUUGAUUUCCGGUAAGCUGCUUCACCAUCACCCGGCACAUUGCAGUUUAAUUGACACUGAUCUUAGGCUAAAUUGUAAGCUGUCUAUAAAUUAGACCUACUGCAUAGACACUUGGGGGGCGGUUUCCCGGACACAGAUGAAACCUAAUCCUGGACUAAAAAGCUUCUUUGUCUUCCUUUUAGCCCAUGAAUAAGAUUAAUCUUAUCGGCCCUUACUGUCUGAAUGAGCAAAACCUUCAUAUAUUUUACUCUGUUUUGUCAUUUCAGUUGUGUUGGCGGGAUUGAAAACCUCAAACAUCAAAAUGAAUUGGACCUUUUUGACUCAAUUGACCCCAAUGUAAGUAUGUUUCUCAUUUAGCUGCAGAUUCACCACCUGCAAUGACCCAGAAAACCGCUGCAAUGACCUGGAUGUUAAAUAUGCUGGAUGUUAAAUAUGAUCCCUCAUCCAAAAUGACUUGUAAUAUACCAAUUAUCUCUCUUCCUGUCGUUGCAGGCAUCUAAGCACAAACGUACAGACAGAUCGGUGUUGUGUUGUCUAAAGAAGUCCAAGGCAGGAAGAGCAUGGUCACGGUUAACAAAGGACAAGGCAAAAGUAGGAACUGUUUCAAUGUGCAAUACUAUUUAUUCUACCUUACUUUUUCUGCCCUGUAUUUCUGGGCCUAUAUUUAAAAAGCGUCUUAGAGUAGGAAUACUUGUCUAGGAUUACGGUCCGUCCCCCCCCCCCCCCCCCCCCCCAUAUAUCUUAUUCCUAAAAGGCCAAACUCAAACUGAUCAGCACUCCUACUCUGAGAUGGUUUGAAUAGGCUCAGGUCACAUAAGAGGGGCAUUUUGUCUUGAAUGUUGGUUUAAAAUCAUUUUGAUUUGGGAUUUCUCUUUUCUUUCCCACAGUUUCAAUGGCUCGGUGUCGACUUCAACAACUGGAAAGACUGGGAAGAUGAUUCUGAUGAGGAUCUGUCCAGUUUUGACAAGUUCUCAGAGGCAAGCAUGUCAUGUUGCACAAAGUGUGUAAUGUUUUAAAUGUGUUAAAUUAUAUAUAUUUUUAUGUCCAAACAAUGAUUGUUGUUGCCUGUUUUCAGAUGAUGAACACGAUGGGAGGAGAAGAUGGCAUGCCAGAUCUCGGUAUGGGCGGUAUGGAAGGUCUAGAAGAGGUCUGUUUCUUUUCUGUCAUCUCCAAAUGAAUUAUACAGCAAAUAAAGGCAAUUGCAAACAUUUACCAGAGCACUAUAUACGGUGGCUGCAAGAAAAACUACUUGCUUUCUUGCUCUGUUGAGUUUUGCAGUUUUGACACUAAUCUUCUCAUAUUUUUGAUUUACAGCACGACAGCGAUGAUGAAAGUAAGUUUUUAGAUAUCAUUUUAGCACAUGGAUAAAAGCAAGCAGACAAUUUUCUAGAGCAUUUUCAUGGUACAUUUCAUUUGAAGGUUGUUGAAAAGCCUCAUACCAUCCACACAUGAGCCAUGUUGUAGAAUUGGUGAUUUAGCUUUUUACCUUGAAUCAUUUAUUUUUAUGUUUUCAUAUUUGUAACUUUUUCAGAGAUGCCAGACCUGGAG